CAUGAUAUAGCUCGUAUAUCAUGGGUUAAAGCAAUCAGUUGUUCAAGUGUUCUUGAAUCGUGGGAAAGAAAAGUAAUAUUUACGCAACAUGGUUAAUGGCAACUAUGUGUUGUAUGGGGACAGACCCGCAUCAGAUUCGGAGAUUGUGAGCGAUCACGUUCAAACACGCACAGCUCAAAGAAAACCUAAAAGAAAAACCAAUAGAUCUACUUUCGGCAACGACAAGCAUUUACGUGAUGCGGCCGAGCUAGACAAUGAAACAGAUGCUGUUAAAUAUGAGAAAAAAAUAAAGGAACCAAGACUUCUACGUUACGUACCAACUACAGACGUUGAGGAAAACUACAUCACGGAGAAAUUUGAAACGUAUGAUUUGAAAAUCGAAGAACUGCCAAAAAGACACACUUUCACAAAAAAACCUAAAAAUCCUGCCGAUGGAUCAGUGAACUAUGCUUAUUCGCGUUCCAGUAGUAACUGCAGCUCACCUAAUUUACCAACGAUAUCGGAGCACGGCGAGCAGUAUGGAACUUAUAGAGUCAGGUCUCUACAUUCUCCGACUGGUGGGAUCGAUAAUGUUUAUGAGAACAAACUCGAUAGAUAUUUCUCUAAGCCGAGGGAAGUCAAGACAUUUACAGCCAAGGGUUCACAUCCAGACAGCUUAUACCGCGUUGCUAAUGAUGGCAGUGUCGGCGCUGACAAGCUGGUUCGCGCACUACGUUUGCUGCGAUGGCCGAUUGCCUUGUUUACCGUAUGCGUCGCACUCGCAGUCUUCGUUUAUUUCCUAAUGCCGGUUAAUAUGGACGCUGCAAUGGACACUGUGAAUACAACGUACUGGGAGAAGACUCUUUCAGAAGCACAAUCAAUUAAUAAGGCAAGCGAACUAACCGUCAAACCAACUUUAAAUAAAGGGACGGAAAAGUCACUAUCAAAAGGUUCAAAACCACCGGAAAUCGACUUUUACGAUUCUGAUCACAACUACGAUUUAACUUCUGUGGUUGACAUAGUAACUGAAACAUUGCCGAAAAGAAAAUUACCCCUACCACCAGUAUUUCCAACACACCUUUCUCCUGAAGUACAAUAUGGGAAUGAAGAAGCAGAUUCAGAAAAUUUACGCUCUCCAAAAUUACUCAAGAUCUCUACAAUUGUACCCAGCGAUUCAACAUUAAAACCACACAUAACGCAAAAACCAGAGAAACCUCUAGCUAUUUACUUCAGAGACGGUAACGGAAUAACAACAAGUACCGAAACUGUACCGAUUACCGAGAGCAUCACACACGCAGAAUCAUCCAACGAUAUAUCUAAUUACUUAAAACAACAGGCAAACAAAAACAACAUGGAAUAUUCUAAACCUGAAAUUCAAAUUCAAAAAUCUUCAUCUUCUCCGCUUGUACCGCACGUCGGUACGAAAAAAAUGAAUCAGCCAUUCGAAACCACACCUGACGUUCCUCCUGAAAUACAAGAAUACUACAGACGACCCGUCGUCAACACCGAUGUGAAAUUCACCUCAGGUCAUUCGAAACUUUUUGGUAUUUCUAUAGAAGACGCGGAAAAUAUGAAGUCGACCACUCAAAAUUCUCUUUAUAACACAAGAGUUUCUCCAACUCUACCAACAUGGCGGGAUAGAGAUUCCACCACAAAAAAGUAUCCCAUAAACGGUAACUUCGAUGUGCCUCAAUGUCGUUCAACUCGCAUCCCUCUAUGCCGUGGAGUUCUACCAUAUGACUUAGCUGGUCCUCCAGCUACUAUCGGUAAUGUGGACGUCACGACUUUGUUACCGCAAAUAGAGUACCUUGUCAGUACAAACUGCAGUCAACGAGUUAAACACUUCGUUUGUUCACUUCUCGAGCCAGAGUGUAGUCCACAGCCUUACUCGCCGCAACUACCGUGUUAUAACUUUUGUAAAGCUAUCGCCGAUAACUGUGACGGAAUGAUGCCAGCUGAGCUACAGGCUAUGUUCAAUUGUAACCAGUAUUCUAGUAAUAAUUGUGCAACUGCCCGCAUGCCUUGUUUUAUCCGUGAGCUUGCUUGUGGAGACGGUUCCUGCGUGCCGAGAGACUGGGUGUGUGAUGGGACCAGGGAUUGUCCAGGUGGAGAAGACGAAUUACCUUGUUCUACUUGCGAAGAAAAUGAAUAUCGGUGCAGCUCUGGUAUGUGUAUCACUAAGCGAUGGCUAUGCGAUGGAUACGCGGACUGUCCUAGUGGUGAGGACGAGAAAGAUGACCUGUGUCGUGGGAGAUCUCGAGCUGGUGAUGCGUUCGAAGUAGAUGUGAGAGAACCCGGAGAGGAAUUAGCUGGUUCAGCCCCAGCACCUUCAGUACGCAAGCCAAAUAGGCUACCUGUUCCACAAGAUAAGAACUAUAGUGGACAUCGUAAUGGAGAAAAUGAUAGUAGCCAGGAACUACUCAUGACUAGUGAUAGUAAUAACGCAUUUAGACGUAACUUCACGCGUCGGCCUUCACCCUCACGUUUAACUCCAUAUAAACGUCCUACGCCAUUACCGAUCAAACAAGAAUCAGAAGAAAAAGAAGAGACAAGCGCUACUCCGAUAAGAUCAACAAUGGCGCCACAUGAAAAGAGACCAAAACCAUUUUCAAAAACUGUAAAUACAAAGGAAGAAUUAGAAGAGUCGACCAAAAACAUUAAUUUAGGUGAUUUGGGAUUAUUCGGUGAUAUUGAGAAGGAGAAAAACAAUGAUGCAGAGAAAAAAGACACUAAGAAACAACGUCAAAGGCCAAAUAGAUUCAAACCAACUAAUGCGCCUGGGUCUGGACCGACGAGGUUAGACAAAACUAUGAAUAAACUAGAAAAAGUGAUCGACGGAGCAGCCAUGCUGAGGAAAGCAGCACGUGACAACGAACAACAACAACAUGCUAUGGAGUCAGUAGAGAGCAAGGCGGAAAACAAGACGGAGCAAUUUGACGCGUACGCUUACAACAGUGCACAUGCGUCUCCGUGCCCUAGCGGUGAGUUACGUUGUGUGGACGGACGGUGUAUCACACUAGCGCAACUUUGCGAUGGGGCCGUCGAUUGCUCCGAUCACGCCGAUGAAGACAAUUGCUACACGUAG